AAGAAGAAUCUAAUCUUCCAAACAAAACUAACCAUCCAUUGCUGCAAGCAAGAAGCUCUUCCGAAUUUACCCAAAAAAACAAAAAAGAAGCUCUUCCCGACAUUAUUAUGACUUCCAAAGCAGUAUCGGUUUAUUUUCUGAUACUUUCAUAUGUUUGCUUGAAUACCUUGGUCAUAGCUGUAGAUGAAAACCAGUUCGUAUACAAUGGCUUCAAUGGAACCAAUAUUCUCCUUGAUGGGGGUGCAAAAAUCCAUUCCAAUGGACUUUUGCAGCUAACCAACAGUUCAAUAUUUCAAAUCGGUCGUGCUUUCUACCAGCGUCCUGUAAGAUUUUACACAUCUUCGUCCAUGUUAACCCAAGAUCUUUCAUUUUCCACCCAUUUUGUUUUUGCCAUUGUUCCUGAGAGAGCAAAUCUGAGUGGUGAUGGAAUGGCCUUUGCGAUCUCACCAUCUUUGAACUUCACCCAAGCCCAAGGAGGCCAGUAUCUUGGGCUCUUCAAUUCUUCUGACAAUGGGCUCCGUUCCAACAAUCUGUUGGCAAUUGAGCUCGAUACCUUUCAGAAUCAUGAAUUCAAUGAUAUAGACGGUAACCAUGUUGGAAUUGAUGUUAACAGCUUCAUAUCAAAUGUAUCUGCGACAGUCACGUAUUACUCCAACGAGGAAGGAAUUAACCGGAGCUUGGAUCUUAUAAGUGGUAGUCCAACGCAAGUUUGGAUAGAGUAUGAUGGGUUUGAGAAUGUACUCAAUGUUACACUAGCUCCUAUUUCAAGCCCAAAACCAGAUCAGUCUCUCCUGUCAACACACAUCAAUCUUUCUUCAAUUCUGUUGGAUUCCAUGUAUGUUGGUUUCGCUGCUGCAACGGGAAUAGCUUCCGGGAACCACUAUAUUCUUGGUUGGAGCUUCAAUAAAAGUGGGAAAGCACAGGGCCUAGAAAUUUCAAAGCUUCCUUCACUUCCUCGUCAAAGAAAACCCAGUCGAGGAAUUACAGGUCUAAGAAUAACAGUGUCAGUGACAAUAGUACUCGUCGUUGGGCUGACCAUCACAAUUGCAGGGACAUUUUACGUGUUGAGGAGGAAAAAGUAUGAAGAAAUACGUGAAGACUGGGAGAGGGAAUAUGGCCCUCAUAGGUUUUCCUAUAAGGAUCUCUUCAAAGCUACCAGAGGUUUCAUUGACAAAGAGCUUCUUGGAGUAGGAGGUUUUGGAAAGGUUUAUAGAGGAGUACUUCCCUAUUCGAAGGAACAAGUUGCAGUCAAGAAAGUCUCCCAUGAUUCAAAACAAGGGAUGAAGGAAUUUGUGGCUGAAAUUGCUAGCAUAGGAAGGCUAAGGCACAGGAACUUGGUGCAGCUCCUUGGCUAUAGCCGGCGGAAGGGAGAGCUGCUCUUGGUCUAUGAUUAUAUGCCGAACGGAAGCCUUGACAAGUUCCUAUUUAGCAAUGAAAAGCCAAUCCUCAAUUGGGCACAACGUUAUCAUAUCAUCAGAGGAGUAGCAUCCGCCCUUCUAUAUCUGCACGAAGAAUGGGACCAAGUUGUUCUUCACAGAGACGUUAAGGCUAGUAACGUUCUCUUGGAUGCUGAUCUAAACGGAAGGCUAGGGGAUUUUGGGCUUGCUAGAUUAUACGAUCAUGGAGCAAACCUCAAAACUACCAAUGUUGUGGGGACAAUUGGGUACCUUGCUCCAGAGCUUUCUACAACUGGAAAGUCAACCACAAGCACUGAUGUGUUUGCUUUUGGUGUAUUCAUACUUGAAGUAGCUUGCGGAAGGAGGCCCAUAGAGCCACAACAGUCGCCUGACGAGGUUGUUUUGGUUAGUUGGGUUUUAGAGAAAUGGAAGGAGGGAGCGAUUCUCGAGACAAGUGAUCCUAGAUUGGGAGGAGAUUAUUUGGAGGAGGAAAUGGAGUUGGUUUUGAAACUAGGCCUGCUUUGCUCCAAGUCCGAUGUAGCAACCAGACCUAGCAUGCGCCAACUGAUACAAUACCUUGAUGGAGAUGUCCUGUUGCCGGAGAUGAUUCAUGUCAGCACAAGUAUUGGUACACUAGGUCUCGGUAAUGAAGCAUCUUCUACAUUUGUCAGUCCAGUUCUGUCAUCCAUUGUGAAGUCUUCUUCUCUCUCCAUAUCUAGCACAGAGUCGAUACUCAAUAGCGGUCGGUAAAUUAGGAAGUUUGUAGCGCCUUGGAAAUGCUUGAUCAUGGUUUUGUUUUUUGGAGGAAAGGCAAGAAGUGUUGGUUUGUUAAGGGGAGUUAGAAGAGUGAACCUAAGACAGGAUGAACUUGGAACAAGCAUGCAACCGCUUGGGCUAGCUCGCAAGUUCAUAGUUAUAAUGUGUGAGACUAAAUAGAAGGAUAGCUGAUAUUGGGUGAAGGAGACAUAAGUACUUCAAAUUUCGGUUAGGAAGAUAGUGGAAUAUUACUGAUAUUGGUGUAUAUAUAUGAGCAUAUGUAUCAUGUAUGUUAAAUUCUGCAGCUUCUAUAGCCCACUUUCUUCAACUUUCAUGUAUCGAAUCAUUCGCUAAUAUCUUCUUUCGAUAUAUUUGUGUGUACAUACCUUGAUUUGGUUGCCCAAGUGUGCCCAUGUAGUCUGGUC